AUGUUCUUCGACCUCAGCGUACCUGUACCUCCCAUAUCAUCCAGGCCGGGUCCCUCUCAAGGACCAUCAAAAAAGGGAAAGGAGAAACAGCAAGCAAACGCGGCCUCUGUUGUGUACACCCCCGCACAGAUAUCCGCUAUCGAAAACCGUCUCGACCUGCUCGUGCAUUUAGGAUACACCGUUUUUGCGUUCAACCAGUCCGUACAGCGGAAGGUCGACCCCAAGAACCAUGUCAACGUCCUUGACCCGCUCCUCGCGCAGCUCCGCAAGCGAGAGGGUGUUGCUUUGCUCAAACGGCUGACAAUCGUGCUAGAUGAGGAGAGCGAGAAGGGUUUUGGGCUGACGAACCAGAAUACUGCUCUCUUCGCGUCGUACGACCUCCUCGCUCUCCUUCCAACCACACUUGGCACGUUCUCGCAAGCGUGCUUGACGCACACACAACCAUCCCCGCUCACGACGCAUAUUAUUGCGCUCCCGCUGACGCUCCCCCGCCUCCCGUUCCACCUGAAGCACACGCUCGUGCGCACUGCACUCAAGAACGGCGCAGUGUUCGAGAUCGCGUAUGCUGGUGCACUUGGGUCAGAGAGCGAUGUCAGCGGGGGCAGCGGCGAGGGGAGUGCGAGUGCCAGGCGCAACUGGUGGGCGGCCGCGAGGGAGGUCGUACGUGUUACGAAGGGGAAAGGCAUUCUUGUAAGUGGAGGUGUAGUUAACGACGCCGACUUGCGUGCGCCACGGGAUGUGGCCAAUUUAAUCACAGUCCUCGGCCUGGCGCAAAAUAUUGCACACGAUGCCUCCACCAAGGUACCCCAGUCGUUGAUUCUGCGAGCACAGACUCGUAGGACAUAUCGUGCAGUGCUAUCGGAACCCAAAGUUGUGAUUCCUGGUGCUGUCGUGCCCGAAUCUGCAAGUCAGCCCCCCACUCUUCCCCCACCUACAAUAGACGCCAAUAUUCUCUCAGACCCUACGAUGUCAACUCCUCCCGCGACAAUCUCACAGCCUCAACAGUCUGAUGCAUCCGAAGUCGGCGGGAAAAAGAGGACCCGAGAUGAGAGCCAGGGUGCAGGUGCCCCGCUGAACAAGGCUGCUGCGGAUGACGAGAAGGAUGGGUCUGGGAGAAAGCGGAAGAAAAAGAAGUUGAAGGAAGGAAAUUUUUGA